AUGUCCGCCAUCUCUAUCAAGAAGGGAUCCAUUCAACUCUCCGGCUUGCUAUACAAGCCCUCAACUACUAGCAAGACCCCCGGCAUUGUCGUUGUCCAUCCUGGAGGCGGAGUCAAAGAGCAGACUGCCCGCUUGUAUGCCAAGAAGCUGUCCGAGGCUGGUCUGACGGCCAUUGCCUACGAUGCUUCUUACCAGGGAGAAAGUGAAGGCGAGCCACACUUUCUCGAAGAUCCGGCCGAACGUGUCAGCGAUGUCUUUGCCGUUAUCGAUUACCUCGAGUCCCUCGACACUGUUGACCCAUCGCAGCUGGGUAUUCUUGGAAUUUGCGCUGGUGGCGGCUACGCCGUUGCUGCUGCCAAAGCCGACCACCGACUCAAGUCCGUCGCCGCAAUCAGCAUGUCUGAGAACAAGACGGGCAAUCUGGGAGCUUGUCCCUAUGUCCCUCCGCAGCUUGAUGACAAGACUCCCCUUGACUUGAGGGAGGCUCAUGACUACUACCUUGGCCCCCGGUGCCAGCAUCCAAGAGCAGCCAACAAGAUGCUAUUCCGUAGUGUCCCGCGCGUCAUGACGUUUGAUGCCUUCUACCUCGCUGAUCUUUACUUGACGCAGCCUCUGCUGUUGAUCGCGGGGGAAAAGGCCGGCUCCAUUUGGCAUACCGACAGGCUGGACAAGCUUGUUGGUGGCGCGACCAGGAAGGUGAUUGUUCCUGGUUGCACUCAUAUGGACUUGUACGACCGUCUGCCAUUCGUUGAUGUUGCCACCAAGGAGGUUGUGAAUUUUAUGAAGACAUAUUUGAAAUAG